AGCCCGGCGGCCCUGGACGCCAGGCCUGGCAUGGUUCCUGGGCCCAUGGGAAACUGUGCCAAGCGGCCCCGACACUGGGGACCUCAGGGCAGUUGGCUGUGGCCCGGCUCCCGCCCAGGGGGUUCCCCCCACAGCCCCAAGGAGCUGGGGGGCCCCAGACGGGGCGUCCAGGGCUACUCGGUGCUCAGCAGCCUGGUGGGGCCUGCCUGCAUCUUCCUGCGGCCCAGCAUCGCCGCCACCCAGCUUGACCGGGAGCUGCGGCCGGAGGAGAUCGAAGAGCUGCAGGCCGCCUUCCAGGAGUUUGACCGAGACCGGGACGGCUACAUCGGCUAUGGGGACCUGGGCGCCUGCAUGCGGACGAUGGGCUACAUGCCCACUGAGAUGGAGCUCAUCGAGAUUUCACAGCAGAUCAGUGGCGGGAAGGUGGACUUUGAAGACUUUGUGGAGCUGAUGGGCCCCAAGCUGCUGGCCGAGACGGCAGACAUGAUUGGCGUGCGGGAGCUGCGGGAUGCCUUCCGAGAGUUUGACACCAAUAGGGAUGGCUGCAUCAGCUUGGGCGAGCUCCGGGCGGCCCUCAAGGUCCUGCUGGGGGAGCGCCUCACCCAGCGGGAGGUGGACGAGAUCCUUCAGGACAUUGACCUCAACGGGGACGGCCUGAUCGACUUUGAAGAGUUUGUGCGAAUGAUGUCUCGCUGAGCCUGCGCAGAAGCUGGAGGCAGCGGAGAGGACUUGAGACCACAGCCACUGCCCACGAGUGUGUUCCUGGAAGCCCACUGCCUCCAGCUGGGACCCUCUGCCUCUUCCCCCCACCCCCCAUCUGUGUGCAAUGCCCUUGCCUGCCCUCACCCACCCCCAC